AGGAAAUAUUUGAUGAAUCCAAAAUCAACUGUUUCUAUUUCUCAUCAUAAAAUGCAAGACAGGUAGUAUGAAAAAGGACUAGAUGGACUCUGCUAAAAAUCUUGUCUACCUUGUCACAACCAAAAAUCUUAAACACAAAGUAUUACAUAAAAAUUGGUUGCUUAUAAACUCUUUGAUUCUACUAAUCACCUUCUUCUCCUUUUGUUCUUGUUCUUCUGAUACCAUAACUACUGAUAAACCAAUAAGAGAUGGUGAGCUUCUUGUUUCUAAAUCUAAAACGUUUGCUCUUGGAUUUUUCACUCCACCUAAGUCCAUUUCUCGCUAUGUCGGGAUUUGGUACAACAAUUUGCCUAUCCAAACUGUUGUUUGGGUUGCAAACAGAGAUAGUCCCAUCAAUGACACUUCUGGAAUUUUAUCAAUCAACCCAAAGGGAAAUCUAGAACUGAACCAAAACCAUAGCACCAUUCCUAUUUGGUCUACAAAUGUUUCAUUCCCACAAUCACAAAGAAAUAGUAUCAGUGUUGUAGCUCAGCUAUCGGAUAUAGCAAACCUUGUUCUGAUGCUAAACAACACCAAAACUGUUAUCUGGGAAAGCUUUGAUCAUCCAACAGACACCUUGCUUCCAUAUCUAAAGGUUGGUUUUGAUAGAAAAAUUAAUCAAAGUUGGUUCCUCCAAUCAUGGAAGACAGAUGUUGACCCUGGAAAAGGCGCAUUCACGUUGAAAUUCAGCACCAUUGGCAAACCUCAGUUGUUUAUGUACAACCAUGAUCUUCCUUGGUGGCGUGGUGGACAUUGGAAUGGAGAAUUACUAGUAGGUAUACCUAAUAUGAAACGAGAUAUGGCCACUUUUAACGUUUCUUUGGUUGAAGAUGACAAUCAUGUAGCACUCACAUAUAACAUGUUUGAUAAGUCUGUCAUUACUAGGAUAGUGGUUCAGCAAUCUGGUUUCUUUCAAACAUUCACGUGGGACAAUCAAAAGACUCAAUGGAACCGCUACUGGUCUGAACCAACAGACCAAUGUGAUAACUAUGGAACAUGUGGAUCAAACAGUAAUUGUGACCCUUUCAAUUUUGAAAACUUUAAGUGUACUUGUUUACUUGGUUUUGAACCGAAAUUUCCACAUGAUUGGUAUGAGAGUAGAGAUGGGUCAGGAGGGUGUGUAAGGAAUAAUAAUGCAUCUGUUUGUAGGAAUGGAGAAGGGUUUGUCAAAGUUGUAAGCUUGAAAGUUCCUGAUACAACUGUGGCAGUGGCCAAAGGUGGUUUGAGUUUGGAAGAAUGCGAAAAAGAAUGCUUAAGAAACUGCUCUUGUACUGCCUAUGCAGUUGCUGAUGUGAGGAAUGGUGGAAGUGGGUGUUUGGCUUGGUAUGGUGAUUUAAUGGACAUUCAAAAACUUACUGAUCAAGGCCAAGAUUUAUUUUUACGCGUCGAUGCUGUUGAACUAGCCAAAGCCAAUAGCAACAAAAGCGGCAAAGGAGUCCUUGGUAGAAAGAGGUUGGCUGCGGUUCUGGUAGUUUCUAUAGUUGCGAUUAUCGUCCUCCUCUCCUGUGUGUAUUGCAUGUGGAAGAAAAAAAGAAAGGAUGAAAUGCUGCAGCAAUCAAACCAAGAAUCCUCGGAAGAAGAGAUAGGUGCUCAAAGCAACACACAUUCAAAUCUACCCUUUUUCAGCUUUAAAACAAUAAUAACAGCGACAAGAAAUUUUAGUCAAGAGAAAAAGCUUGGACAAGGUGGAUUUGGCUCUGUCUAUAAGGGUUGCUUGGUUAAUGGACAAGAGGUAGCAGUGAAAAGAUUGUCCAGAGAUUCAGGUCAAGGCAAAGAAGAGUUUAAAAAUGAAGUUACACUUUUAGUUAAACUCCAACACAGAAAUCUAGUAAGGCUGCUUGGUUGUUGUUGUGAAAAAGAAGAAAGGAUGCUAGUUUAUGAAUACCUACCAAACAAAAGCCUUGACUUCUUUAUAUUCAAUCAAACCCAAAGGUCAUCAUUGGAAUGGGGCAGGCGUUUCAAAAUUAUUUGUGGGAUUGCUCGAGGUGUUUUAUAUCUUCAUCAAGAUUCAAGGUUGAAAAUAAUUCAUAGAGAUCUAAAAGCCAGCAAUGUUCUACUUGAUUCUGCAAUGAAUCCCAAAAUCUCAGAUUUUGGUAUGGCUAGAAUAUUUGGAGAAAAUGAAAUCCAAGCAAGAACGAAAAGAGUGGUCGGAACAAAUGGAUAUAUGUCACCAGAAUAUGCAAUGGAAGGACGGUACUCAACAAAAUCUGAUGUCUUCAGUUAUGGUGUCUUACUACUGGAGAUUAUUGCUGGCCAAAGAAACACACAUUGUGAAAUAGGAAGAGACUCCCCAAAUUUAAUUGGACAUGUGUGGACACUAUGGACAGAAGGAAGAGCUUUGGAUAUAGUUGAUCCAGCACUAAACCAAUCUUAUCCUUCUGCUAUAGUUCUGAGAUGCAUUCAAAUUGGACUUUUGUGUGUGCAAGAAAAUGCAAUGAAUAGACCAUCAAUGUUAGAAGUUGUGUUCAUGCUAUGCAAUGAAAGACCUCUUUGCCAACCUCAAAAACCAGCAUUCUUAUUCAACGGCAACCAAGAAUUGCAAGGGUCUUCAACAUCAGGAGGAGGAUAUUCAAUAAAUGAAUUAACAGAAACCACCAUCAAUAAAAUGAUGCGGCAAUUAAACCAAGAUUCCUCUGAAGAAGAGAAUGGUACUCAAAGCAGCACACAUCCAAAUCUACCAUUUUUCAGCUUUAAAAUGAUAAUGACAGCGACAAGAAAUUGUGGUCAUGAGAAUAAGCUUGGACAAGGUGGAUUUGGCUCUGUCUACAAGGGUUGCUUGGUUAAUGGACAAGAGAUAGCAGUGAAGAGAUUAUCCAAACACUCAGGUCAAGGCAAAGAAGAAUUUAAAAAUGAAGUUGCACUUUUAGUUAAACUCCAACACAGAAAUCUAGUGAGAUUGCUUGAUCAAAACCAAAGGUCAUCCUUGGAUUGGGGUAUACGUUUUGAAAUUAUUUGUGGGAUUGCUCGAGGUGUUUUAUAUCUUCAUCAAGAUUCAAGGCUGAAAAUAAUUCAUAGAGAUCUAAAAGCCAGCAACAUUCUCUUUGAUGCUCCAAUGAAUCCCAAAAUUAUGGCUAGAAUAUUUGGAGAAGAUGAAAUCCAAGCAAUAACACAAAAAGUGGUUGAUACAUUUGGAUAUAUGGCACCAGAAUAUGCAAUGGAAGGACGGUAUUCAACGAAAACUGAUGUCUUCAGUUAUGGGGUCUUAAUAAUGGAGAUUAUUGCUGGCAAAAGAAACACACAUUGUGGAACAGGAAGAGCUUCUCCAAACUUAAUCGGACAUGUGUGGACACUAUGGACAGAAGGAAAGGCCAUGGAUAUAGUUGAUCCGGUACUAAACCAGUCUUAUCCUUCUGUUAUGGUUCUGAGAUGCAUUAAAAUUGAACUUUUGUGUGUGCAAGAAAACGCCAUGAAUAGACCAUCAAUGUUAGAAGUUGUUUUCAUGCUAUGCAAUGAAUCACCUCUUUGCCAACCUCAAAAACCAGCAUUUUUAUUCAAUGGCAACCAAGAUUUGCAAGAUUCAUCAACAUCAGGAGGAGGAUCUUCAAUAAAUGAAAUAACAGAAACUACCAUCAUCUUCACUGUUUUGAUUUUGCAACUUCUUACAUUUUCAUUUUGUUCUUGUUUUUCUGAUACCAUAUCUUCUGACAAACCUAUAAGAGACGGCGAGCUUCUGAUAUCUAAAUCUAAAACGUUCGCUCUUGGAUUCUUCACUCCAGGAAAGUCCAUGUCUCGCUAUGUUGGAAUUUGGUACAACAAUUUGCCAAUCCAAACUAUUGUUUGGGUUGCAAACAGAGAUAGUCCAAUCAAUGACACUUCUGGAAUUCUAUCAAUCGACUCAAAUGGAAAUCUGGUACUCAACCACAACCUAAGCACCAUUCCCAUUUGGUCGACCAACGUUUCAUUACAACAAUAUCAAAGAAAUAGUACGAGUGUUAUAGCUCAACUAACGGAUAUAGCAAACCUUGUUAUUGUGCUAAAAACCACAAAAAAAGUCAUAUGGGAAAGCUUUGAUUAUCCCACAGAUACUUUUCUUCCAUAUCAAAGGCUUGGUUUUGAUAGAAAAACUAAUCAAAGUUGGUUCCUUCAAUCCUGGAAGACUAAUGAUGACCCUGGUAAAGGUGCCUUCACGUUGAAAUUCAGCACCAUUGGUAAACCUCAAUUCAUUAUGUAUAACAAUGACCUUCCUUGGUGGCGCGGUGGACCUUGGAUUGGAUCAACAUUAGCAGGUGUACCUAUUGUGAAACACGAAAGGGCCACUUUUAACGUUUCUUUUGUUGAAGAUAACAACAAUGUAGCACUUACAUAUAACAUAUUUUAUAAGCCUGUCAUUACAAGGAUUGUGGUUCACAAAUCUGGUUUCUUUCAAACACUCACGUGGGACAAUCAAAAGAAUCAAUGGAACCAGUUCUUUUCAGAACCAGUAAACCAAUGUGAUAGCUAUGGAAUUUGUGGAUCGAACAGUAAUUGUGACCCUUUAAACUUUAAGGAUUUUAAGUGUACUUGUUUACCUGGUUUUGAACCCAAAUUUCCACUUGAUUGGUAUGAUAGUGGAGAUGGGUCAGGAGGCUGCGUAAGGAAGAAAGGUGCAUCUGUUUGCGGAAACGGAGAAGGUUUUAUCAAAGUUGUUAGCUUGAAAGUUCCUGAUACAUCUGUGGCAGUUGCGAAAGGUGGUUUGAGUUUGGAAGAAUGCGAAAAAGAAUGCUUAAGAAACUGCUCUUGUACUGCUUAUAUAGUUGCUGAUGUGUGUAACGGCGAAAGUGGCUGUUUAGCAUGGCAUGGGGAUUUAAUGGACAUUCAAAAACUAACUGAUCAAGGACAAGAUUUAUUUUUACGCGUCAAUAAAGUUGAACUAGCCAAUUACGACAGAAAAAGCAAAGGAGUCGUUGACAAAAAGAGGCUGGCUGCAAUUCUGGUAGCUUCUAUAAUUGCAAUUGUCCUCCUCCUCCUCUUCUCCCAUGUGCACCGCAGGUUGAAGAAAAAAAGAAAGUAUAAAAUGAUGCUGCAAUUACACCAAGAUUCCUCUGGAGAAGUGAAUGUUGCUCAAAGCAACAUACAUCCAAAUCUACCCUUUUUCAGCUUUAAAACGAUAAUGACAGCUACAAGAAAUUGUGAUCAUGAGCAUAAGCUUGGACAAGGUGGAUUUGGCUCUGUCUAUAAGGGUUGCUUGGUUAAUGGACAAGAGAUAGCAGUGAAAAGAUUGUCAAGAAAUUCAGGUCAAGGCAAAGAAGAGUUUAAAAAUGAAGUUACACUUUUAGUUAAACUUCAACACAGAAAUCUAGUGAGGUUGCUCGGUUGUUGCUUUGAAAAAGAAGAAAGAAUGUUAGUUUAUGAAUACCUCCCAAACAAAAGCCUAGACUUUUUUAUAUUCGAUCAAAACCAAAGGUCAUCACUGGAUUGGAAUAAGCGUUUUGAAAUUAUUUGCGGGAUUGCUCGAGGUGUUUUAUAUCUACAUCAAGAUUCAAGGCUGAAAAUAAUUCAUAGAGAUCUAAAAGCCAGCAAUGUUCUGCUUGAUGCUGGAAUGAAUCCCAAAAUCUCAGAUUUUGGUAUGGCUAGAAUAUUUGGAGAAGAUGAAAUCCAAGCAAGAACAAAAAGAGUGGUUGGAACAUAUGGAUAUAUGUCACCAGAAUAUGCUAUGGAAGGAUGUUAUUCAACAAAAUCUGAUGUCUACAGUUAUGGUGUCUUACUUCUGGAGAUUAUUGCUGGCCAAAGAAACACAUAUCGUGAAACAGGAAGAGCCUCCCCAAAUUUAAUUGGACAUGUGUGGACACUCUGGAUAGAAGGAAAGUCCUUGGAUAUAGUUGAUCCAGCACUAAACCAGUCAUAUCCUACUGCUAUGGUUCUGAGAUGCAUUCAAAUUGGACUUUCGUGUGUGCAAGAAAAUGCCAUGAAUAGACCAACAAUGUCAGAAGUUGUUUUCAUGCUAUGCAAUGAAACACCUCUUUGCCAACCUCAAAAACCAGCAUUCUUAUUCAAUGGAAACCGAGAUUUACAAGAGUCAUCAACAUCAGGAGGAGGAGGAUCUUCAAUAAAUGAAAUAACAGAAACUACCAUCAGUGCUCGCUAAA